GUUGGAGAGAACUCCAAGUCCCAAUAUGCCAUGGGGUUGGAUGCGUCAUUUAUGUUGUGUUGGAGGCUGAGGAGCCCUGGAGCUGGGAGUCGGCUCCGGCUUGAUAGCGACUGCUAGCCCCCAGCGGGGCAACCCAGCGGACGGACCAGCGAGAUGUCCCACAUGGAGCUGGCCUUGGACCCUGGUGACCAGGACCUGCUGGGCUUUCUGCUAGAGGAAGGCGGAGAUUUGGGGGCUGUGCGGGACGAAGUCGUGGAGGCUCAGCUGGACGGGAAGCUGCCGCCCUCCGAGGACUCCGUGCAAUUACUGAGCGACUGGGAGGCAGAGGAUUUACUGAGCUUUCUGCUGAGUCCCCCACAAUCCUUGGAUACUCUUGGAUCCUCCGACUCUAGCCUUGUCCACCACGAUCACACCUACUCCCUACCACAGGAGUAUGUCACCGUCGAUCUAGAUAGCGGGAGCUGUGGAAAGGAGGUCCAGAUGACUCCACUGCAUAUGGAGGAGCCCACUGAGCAGGAGAUUGCUAGGCUGAUACUGACAGAAGAGGAGAAAAGGCUAUUGGAGAAGGAGGGGCUUACUCUGCCCAGGACACUUCCUCUCACUAAGAUGGAAGAACAAGUUCUGAAACGAGUGAGGAGGAAGAUUCGAAACAAGAGGUCUGCUCAAGAGAGCCGUAGGAAGAAGAAGGUGUAUGUGGGGGGUUUAGAGAACAGGGUCUUGAAAUACACAGCCCAGAAUCUGGAGCUACAGAACAAAGUACAACUUCUGGAGGAACAGAAUUUGUCCCUUCUAGAUCAGUUGAGGAAACUCCAGGCCAUGGUGAUCGAGAUAUCAAACAAAACCAGCAGCAGCAGCACCUGUGUCCUGGUCCUACUAUUCUCCUUCUGCCUUCUCCUUGUGCCUGCUAUGUACUCCUCGGACACAAGGGGGAGCCUGCUGGCUGAGCAUGUUGUGUUCCGCCAGCUUCGUGCCCUCCCCAGUAGGGACCUGCACCAGCUGGAGCUACCUGCACAGCAGUCAGACGUACAAAAGGACAACAGGAACCAGUUACUGGACAGCUCAGAACAUACACUCCAGGCCCCUGGCAACUUUUCCUGCCUGCAAUAUCACAUGCCUCAGGCUUCUCAGGAAGAGCAUUCUCUGCAGUGGCCACUCCCCAACCUCUUCUCAGAGCCCCUCUGCCCAGGACCCACUCUUCCCCUGCAGGCAAAUCUCACAGGAAAGGGGGGAUGCCUCCCUACCCACAGCCCAUCACCUGUCAUCUUGCAGGGUAGAUACUCAGGUUAAAUGUGAGAAUAUAGGUGUUUCAGCAAAAGCCCACCCCACCCUGCUGUCUGUGCAAAUAAAAAAAGAAUAGGAGAGGGUUGGCUUUCACUCCUGUGCCCUGCUAGGAUGCCUACAGGUUCAAACACACAACACUUACUGGCUUUGUGGGUCUUUUAUUUGUACCCAUGUGUGUCUAUUAUCCCAUGAAUGGAUCUGGGGAAAUCAACUGACCACCUCAAAUAUUUCAUGCAGUGAGGGAAAGGGUAAGGAAAUAAAUAAGUGAUUCUGA